AUGGCCCUCAAGCGCAAGCGUUCCGAACCAGAGCUCUGCUCGUCACCAUCCUCAUCCUCCUCCAUAUUCAGCUCACCGCCCAACCAUCCCACACUCCAUCUCAGUCCCCAAACCUUCCACAACAUGCCAGCCCCCCAUCUCAACAGCCGCACCCUCAAGCGAUUCCGAGAUAACAGACCCUCAGAGGAACAAGUCCACCAACAUACCUUGAACCUGCUCUUCUCCGCGCAGCAACAACCACGAGAUAAAGCAUUCCAACCCCCCUCACAGACGAGCACCACACCACAGGGUAAACAGCAAUCCCUACAUCGGUUUUGGAAUAUCAAUUCGACACCUACGCCUACAUCCAUGGUAGAACACGCGAUUGCGCCUUCGAGCUGCGAAGAUUGUGGUGCUGGGUUAGGGAACGGCGUGGGCGACGGAAUGGACGUGGAUUUCAUGGCGGAUAGUGCUGCGUGCGGUGCGUGUGGGAAGUACGUCUGCUUUAGUUGCUCGGUGAGCAAUUUGGGCGAGGAGAGGCGGUGUUUGCAGUGUGCGGGGAGGAAGGGGUCUUGGGAUGUUGGCUGGGGAUCUGGGCUGUCGUGUUUUUGA